GAGGUUGAGCACAACGCAGAACAAAGUUUUGUGUAUUUUUGUGAGAUUAUUGCAUGCGCACACUACUACUCUCGCGUCAGUGGUCAGCAUUUCCAAGACAUUUAUAUCUAAUUGACGAGAAUUUCGGAUAUCGUGGAUACAUCGACCCUGUAUACAUCAGUUAAUUCAUCAUCAUGUACAAAAAUGGACCACCCCCUUGCUAUGAUCAGCCUCCACCAACCGCACCACCUAGUUACUUUCAGAGUGUAGGAGGUGUCCCACCCGCCAGUCCAUAUACUGCAGCACCAACAUAUGCUCGGGGACCUCCGAUUGUCACCACAAUAGUGCCACUAGGCUCUGGACCUACUCACACUAUUUGUCCUCACUGUGGUGUUGAGAUUGAAACAGAUACUAAGUCAGAGCCUGGGAUGAUUGCAUAUGUUUCUGGUGCUGUUAUAGCAUUACUCGGAUGUUUCUUUGGAUGCUGUCUGAUCCCCUGUUGUAUUGAUGAAUGCAUGGACAUUCACCACACGUGUCCCAACUGCAAAAUAUAUCUCGGAAAGCACGCGAGAUAGGCCAAUCUCCCACCCCAAAAAUUAUCAGCACAAUUGAAGGACAAAACAAGAACACUAUCACUGUAGUAUCUACAGACUUAAGACUUUCAAUAAUUAUGUUGACACGAAUACGAAUCUCAACUGCAAAAAAUUGUGCACUGUCUUUAAACACAAAUUGAUUUAAGAUGAAUGUGUAACGAAUGAAAUAAUUUAAUUGCCAGGUAAUUGAUUAUGUCAAUGGCAUCUCUAAUGGAGGAUAUUUAAAAGAAAAUAAUGCAGCUAUUUUACUACGAUUUUAAUGUUUUUUUGAGCACGUUUGAACGAAAAAUAUUCAAAAGGACGGUAACAGAAACCCUUUUGGUUGUCGAAAUAAUAUAUUCCUAUUUUUUCGAGGAGCAUUAACAGUCUCAGUGGCCACAAGAUAGUUAAUUAGGGAAAAACUGUGCCUUUGUCACUAGACGAAAUACAAUCUCAUCAGCAGGGAAUUCUGAAAGAAUAUUUUUUAUUCCUUUUGCUUUGAGGAUCGAGUGCCUUUAAUGAUAAGGUUUUGGAGGAUUGGAAAAUUACGUGAUCACUUUGAUCUCUAUUUUCACAAUGUGGAUUUAAUAAAAUUGCUUUUAAUAAUGUAUUAACUCGAGCAAAUGUAUUUAUACUGACUUUCAGAUUUAUGGAACGUAAUAAAUAAAAUUAUCGAAUGUGUCAA